AUGGGUGAUGGAGAAGAGUCGACCGUGACCAAGAGUGGUACGAUGGACAGCAGAGGCGUUGUCAGUGCGACGCCGUAUUCUUUGCAUACUUCCGACAAUCCGGGAGCCAUGAUCACGUCGGUGACGUUGACGGGUGAAAAUUAUGGUGAAUGGUCUAGUGAGAUGACCAACGCUCUUCGUGCAAAACGAAAACUUGGGUUCGUUAAUGGUACGAUUCCGAAGCUUCUUGCAAAUGAUUCUAACUUGGAGCUUUGGCUCUCGGUUAAUUCGAUGAUUGUGGGAUGGAUUCACACGUCUAUUAAGCCUCGGGUGAGGUCUACUGUUACGUUUGUGCAAGAUGCUCAUCAGUUUGGGAAAAUCUUCGCAAACGAUUCUCUGUUGUUGUGGGAAGAGUUGGAUAUGUACUCGCCUCUCCCAAGCUGUACGUGUGGAGCAGCUCCGGAGAUAGAGAAAGCACGAGAGGCGGAGAAGAUGCAUCAGUUCGUGAUGGGUCUUGAUGAAUCAAGGUUUGGAGUUGUGCGAGAAGAACAACGUCUUAACUCGACAAAGGAUCGAGAGUCGCAGCAAAACGCAAUUGGGUUUACAGCCAAGACUGAAAUGGAUCAGGCUACUUCGCGUACUGGUCUUGCUAGGUCAGGAAGACGCUCGCAGUGUGCUCACUGCAGGAGAACAGGACAUGACAAGUCGAACUGUUGGCAACUGGUUGGGUUUCCUGAUUGGUGGGAAGAGCGUGCGUCGUCUAACAGAGGAAACACUGGAGCAAACAGAGGUGGCGGCAGAGGAGGUCGUGGUCGUGGGUCUUCUGGUGCUGAUCGCUCGCGUAACACUGGAGCUCGAGUGAAUAAUGCACACGCGACUACUUCGAACUCUUCUUGUUUUCCUGGCUUUACCGAUGAGCAGUGGGCAGCUCUCUCCCAGAUGAUUGAUGAAAGAGCACGCCCAUCGAAUGACAAGCUCUCUGGUAAGACUAGACUUGGUGAUCUUAUAUUGGAUACUAAAGCGUCUCACCAUAUGACUGGAGAUCUUUCUCUGUUAGUUAACACGUCGGUGAUACCGCCGUGUCCUACAGGGUUCGCAGACGGAAAUAAAACGUUUGCGACUCAUGUUGGAAAGCUUCCCUUGACAGAUCGUGUCACGCUGGAUAAAGACCGUUUUACGAGGACCCUGAUUGGAGCCGGUAGAGAGCGAGAUGGGGUAUACUACUUUCAAGAUGUCAUGGCUGCGAGGGGACCGUAUCGAACUCGUUCUUCUAGUGGUGCAGUCUAUUUCUUGACUAUUGUAGAUGAUUACUCGAGAGCUGUAUGGACGUACUUUCUACUUGAGAAAUCUGAAGUUAAAACCGUACUACAAAAUUUCUGCACAAUGACGUACAAACAGUUUGGAAAGCACGUCAAGAUUGUGCGAUCCGAUAAUGGUACUAAGUUUACUUGUCUUGGUAGCUAUUUUCGAGAACAUGGAGUUGUGCAUCAAAUGUCUUGUGUUGGAACGCCUCAGCAGAAUGGGUGUGUUAAGAGAAAACACAUACACAUUUUAAAUGUGUCUCGAGCACUCUUGUUUCAAAGUAAGCUACCAGUUAAGUUCUGGGGCGAGGCCGUCAUGACAGCGGCUCAUUUGAUUAACAGAACGCCUACUAAGGUUCUUCAGAGGCGUUCUCCGUAUGAGAUAUUCUACGGAACUAUACCAGAGUAUGAACAUCUUCGAGUUUUUGGGAGCUUGUGCUACACGCAUCAUCGUUCUCGUGAUAAAGAUAAAUUUGGACCACGAAGCCGAAGAUGUAUCUUUAUCGGGUAUCCAUUUGGUCAGAAAGGUUGGAAGGUGUACGAUUUGGAGAAGAAGGAAUUUCUUAUCAGUCGAGAUGUUGUGUUUUAUGAAACAGAGUUUCCGAUGGCCUCUGUUUCGGUUCUACCUCAAUUGUCUGUCUUGUCCCCGACUGUUGCUUCUAAUGAUGAUUGGAUUUUUCUCCCAGAGUCGGAGCUAGUGUUGGAUGAAAGAGGGAGUACUGACAUCUCUAGUGAACGUGAACGGGUUGCAGAGGUUGCUCAGCCGUCAAGUUGUGUCACUGAAACAGAGCAUGCGAUAGAGCUUCCUCCAUCACCACCAGUAAUAUCUGAUACUUUUGUUCCUGCUCAGCAGUCUUCCUCUCCAGAAGAAGUCUUAGGACGCGGGCAACAUGUUCGAGCUCCGCCGGUUAAGUUUCAAGAUUAUGUUGCUUACAACACAGCCUACAUACAAUGUAAAGGUUAA